AUGCGCAGUUAGUGGCCCUUCUCUUGUAGGGUUUGAUCAGGUAGGGCUGUGUUAGCCCGAGUUUUGUGCAUCUUUUUGAGUCGUGGUGAAAGCAUUGUGUGAAGAUGUCUACAGGUGCCACAGCGCCGAAGAAGGCGAAGAAGACCGAAGGUUCUGGUGCGUCUGGAGAUGGAGACGAAAGCCGGGAUUAUGACGCCGAAACUCAGAAGGCUCUCGAAGAAAUCGACGCUUGUCAGAACGAGAUAGACGCACUGAAUGAGAAGGCCAGCGAAGAAAUCCUUAAGGUGGAACAGAAGUACAACAAGUUAAGGAAACCCUUUUUCGAGAAGAGGAAUGAAUUAAUCAAAAAGAUUCCUAACUUCUGGGUGACAGCAUUUGUGAACCACCCCCAGAUAUCUGCCAUACUGGACGAGGAGGAGGAGGAGAGCUUACACUUCUUGUCCAAGUUGGAGGUUGAAGAGUUUGAAGACAUAAAGUCUGGUUACAGAAUCAAGUUCUACUUUGACGAGAACCCCUACUUUGAGAAUGACGUCCUCAUCAAAGAAUUCCACCUUGGCUCAUCAGGAGACCCAGCAUCUCAAUCAACCCCCAUUAAAUGGAAGGAAGACAUGGACUUGACAAAGCGACACAAGCAGAGGCAGUCUCAGAUCAAGGGCAGUCGCAAGAGGGCACACGAACAGCCUCGCACAUUCUUCAGCUGGUUCACGGAUCACGGGGAUGCAUCUGCAGACGACAUUGCAGAGGUUAUCAAGGAUGACAUGUGGCCCAACCCCCUCCAGUACUUUUUGGUUCCAGACAUCGAGGUUGAGAACGGCCUUGAAGGGGAAGACGACGAAAGUGAUGAGGAAGAGGGUGGUGAUGCAGUUGUAGUGGUAGAGGAGGAGGGUGAGGGUGAAGAUGACGACGACGAAGACGAUGCAGAAGAGGAAGGUGGUGACCUGGAAGGGGAGGGAGGGGACGGAGACGACUGAGCAGGUGCUGCUGUCCUUGGGAAAGCACCCUUCUCUUCAUGGCAGUCAUUUCAUCUCGCAUGCAUGAGCAAACGCAAGAGGACACCAAGAAAAUCCCCCCCCCCCCCCCCCAUUUUCUCUUUGUACAACUCCCCUACUUUGGUUCAACCACCUCCUUGUCAGACAUUUGUGCAUUGAAGGUGACAAGCACGUACACACACACACACACACACAUGGCACAAGAAUGCCCCCUGGCGCAGUUGCGGGAAGACCACCUGCCCCGGCUGUAUACAAGAAAAAAAGCGGUUGUACUUUUUUUUACUGACCUUUUGUUUAACAUCCUUUUUUAUGUUUACUGUGUAGGGAACAGUACAAUGCUAGUCUACACCACAAAAUUUCCUCUCACAAUUGGUGAAACUGGCGGGCGUAUCUGAGGAACGCGAGCUCGGUACUAAUUAUUGUCGAGGCAAGGUGGUCUUCCGUUACCUCAUUGUAUACAGACUGAAUGGGUAAAAGCUGCCAGAUACAGCUGCGAGUCUCUCUCCUCUCCCACUCGUUUCUUUUUCUCUCCGUACCAACAAACACCUCUGUCUUGAGCAGUACCCGACCCAUGCGCGAGAGUAUUUUUUGUUCGUUUUUUUUUAAGAAAAGUAAUAUUUGUAAAGUUCUUGAAUGGCAUUCUGUUUCAUGUGUGGAAUUUUAUAUUUCGGUGUAAUGGUCAUUAGUAUAAAAUAAAACUUCACCAUCCUCAUUGUA